AUGAGCACGGACGCGGGCGAUAUUUACACGCCGUUCUACUACUGGGACGGCGUGGCUGGCGAGUGGGCCUUCGACUACGAGGGCUUCUACAAGAAGCAUGGGUAUCCGGAAUCGUCGACGGCGCAGCGGCAGCGCGCGGAGCCGACGAGUGCGGAGCUGUACCAGCAGCAGCUUCAGUCGUCUGUGUACGACUAUGUGCCGACGCGCGCGGGCCGCAGCACGCAGGUGAAGGUGGCCGGGCACCUGAAGAAGGGCGAGACGCGCGAGACGGUGCUGCGCCGCGCGGCGGGCAAGCUGUGGGAGGACCGCUCGCUCCUCGAGUGGGACCCGUCGCACAAGCGCCUCUUUGUGGGUGAUCUCGGCAACGAUGUGUACGACGAGCACCUCACGAAAGCCUUUCAGAAGUACCCGUCGUUCUCGCGCGCGCGCGUCGUGCGCAACAAGGCCGACGGCAAGAGCAAGGGCUACGGCUUCGUGGCGUUUGCGGACCCCGAGGACUUUCUGCGCGCGUGGAAGGAAAUGGACGGCAAGUACAUCGGCUCGCGCCCCUGCCGCCUGAAAAAGGCACAGGACAACAUCGCGCCAGUCGAAAUCGGCGCGCGCAAGGACAAGUUUCUCGCGGCCAAUGCCAAGUACACCGACUACCUCAACAAGGCACGGCGCGGCGGGACCGUGGGUCGGCACCUGCCGCGCGCGAGCGGCCUACCCAAACCGUAUGCGAAAAAGUAG